UAUUAUUUAUCCGCCAGAUGGCGCCCGCAACGAUUUAUAUUAUUUUGUAAUGAACUCGUACAUCUCAUGAAGAUUCUAGGUAUAUGCUUUAUAAGUAGCGGGAGAACGGUUUGCAAAAGUUUAAGAAUGAAGUUUUAUGAAUUUUAUGUAGUGUAUUUUAUAUAUGAAUUUAUUACUGUAUUAAUUAUCGAAUAAUGGAAAGUUCAAGUACUUUACCCGGUGCCAGUCGAGUAACAUUGCAGACACCGUAUAGGACACCUAGGUUAAAAUUUAGUUUGGAACAACAGUUGCUAACCUCAAAUGAAGAAAGUGACACGAAAACAUUAAAAGAAAUAAUAUCUUUAACUUGGAAUAUUUAUGGAGUGUCAGCAUUAUUUGGAUUUCAAUAUAAUGAUAAAACUAUUCUUAAGUUAUAUGGAAAACGAUUGAGGGAAGAAAUAGCAACUAAUUUGUCACAAGAGAAUGUUGCAUAUGAUGCACAUUUGUCUAUUAUAGAAAAUACAAUAUCAGAUACUAUACGUCUACCUCUGCUGAAGGUUGAAGUUUAUGCAAAAAAACUUGAUCAAGAGAAUAAUGUAGAAAAGUGUAUUUAUAUAGGAUUUUUUCUAUCAUUGAAAACAGAUAAUGAUUUAAAAGCAGGCAAUUCUGUCAAAUUGCCUUUGUUAUUGUGCCGUGGUACUCGUACCUGUAUGAAUGUUGUACAUUCCACAUUUAAUCGUAUGUUUGACUGCCUUAUUAUUGCAUUACCUAUCGAACAAGACGAUUUGAUGUGGCUACUUCCAAUUAUAAUUUUACCUACUAGCGAAGAAAAAUAUCCAAACGAUACUGAGGAAGUUCGAUUGGAAUAUCUAGUCCCUGGGUUAUCUACUACAAACACAAUUACUGCUAAAUUUAGUACCUUAGAUCUAAUCAAAAUUUUAAAUGCAAUAAUGGAAAGUCAAAAUAAUGAAACGCAGAUAGUAAUGAACCUGACUAUUGAACACAUACAAAGGUUUCGCGAGUGUCUACAGGUUCAAAUGAAAAAAAUUGCUGGAUUAGAAUUAGGACUAUGCACUUUACACAGAAUCAGUUUACCUAGAGGAACUUUAAUGGACAACAAGAAAUGUGGCGCAUAAAAAAAGAGGAAAUGGAUUAACUCCAACGAAAAGGCAAAAAUCUAUCAUUAUUCUGUCACCAUGUAAAUGCCGUUAAUCUAUUCUCCGUGGUUCAAAGAAAAAGAAAUACUUGUACACACGUAUGUCUGGCUAUGGACCAACAAUAACACAGAAGAACGACUUUUAACAGAAAGCUAGAACGCUUUUUUCGUUUCCGAUUUUCUUUAGUACGAAAACAAGCUCGCCUUAUACAUAUACACAUAUGUAUAUCCAUUUGUCUGUCAAACUUUUCGAUAAAUCAUCGAUGAAUGUACCUAAGUGUACUACAUAUAUAUAUAUUUGUGUGUAUAUAUAUCCAAACGUGGGAAGCUUGAAGAAAGUAUUUUUAAAACUUCAAUAAUGCUAGAACCAUGAAUUUUGUUCGUUUGCCGAAUAGUUUCGCAUGAUUCGCAAAAGAUAAAGAUUUCCUGGUAAUAUAUAAACCUGUUUACGAAAGGAUAGAUAAUAUUUGACCAAUCUUUAUCAUAAUGUUCGAUCUGCUAUGCGGUAUAUAAAAAUCAUCGAAAUAAGGAGGUUUAUAGUCACGAAUGACGUCAGCGGCUAUCUUUCUAAAAAAGCGCAAAUAUUAUUGAGAAAAAAGAUUACAACAACGUUAUAUCAUUUUACAUUGAAUUCGUUGUUUAAUUGCGAAUAUUAUGUAGAUAAUCGACAAUGAAGAUCUUUCCGCGUUGAAAAUGGUCUAUUUGUGUAUCGAGAGAAAAAAUGAAAAUAUAAUUCAUUGAAACGAUAUAGGGGUAAUUUUAUGACUACUUUGAGGUCUAAUUUUGGCACAACUAGAGAGUAGGAGGAAUACCGAGUCAUCGUUGAUCAAUUUUUUGCUUAUUAUCUAGCUGUAUAAUCUGUUUAAAAUAAUCGUCACGUUCACUUAACGUUCCUUUUCAUUAUUCAGAUUUUGCAACGUAAAUUUGACUUUUUACUGAUCAAAUUGACCCUUUUGCGAAUUAAUGAAACGCAAAGAAUGAAAACUUUGCGAGAAUGAAUCAUCCGAAGGAGUAAAUAAAUGUUAAGAUCACUAUCACCUUACAAUUAGUUUUCGUUGCGUAACAUGAUUAUUUUCUUAUGUAUCUACAGUGAUUUGAAUAACAAAUACUUUGGUACGUAGUGUAAAUAAACAAGCUAAUCGAA